AUGACCGUGGCUAUGAACAGACGCACGCGAUCAAUUCCAGCGGGUAGACGAAGUGUGAAUUAUACGGAGAAAGAAGAGGAUGAUUUGACCACGGAUUCCCUCCAAGAGAGCACGAGUGAUGAGGAGGAUACGGGACGGUCUGUCGAAUCGGGGGACGCACCGAUCUGGCUGAAGGAUACAGUGGAUCCGGAUUCGGAUGUUGAAUUGGAGUCUGAGGAUGAACUUGAUGCCAAUGAGGACAGAGACCUGCAGGAUUUACUUCUUACUAAGGAGCGCACUCGGGCAGAGGACGACUCCGGCGACGAUGACGAAGAUCUUGCUGAGGGAAUGAACACCGUUUCCCUGAAAUUGAAGAAACUCGAUGAGUUUGUGCAGCAGAGCCAGGUGUACUCCAGUAUUAUAGCGGACACUUUGCUGAAACGUACAAGCGAGUUGAAGGAUGAACAACUGGAGACUGCUCCACCACAAAAGAAACAGAAACUUGCCAAGGGGAAAAGGUCUAUCUUGGAUUUUUUCAGGAAAAGGACCCCAGCAGAGGAGAGGGAGCAGGCAGCGACACCGAAUGUGACAGAGGUAGACCAGGAACAACCCAGUCUUUUGAAAAAUUGUACUUUGAAACCUUAUCAAUUGGAAGGUUUGAACUGGUUGAUUACUCUGUACGAAAACGGGCUCAACGGGAUUCUCGCGGAUGAAAUGGGGCUUGGGAAGACCAUACAGAGUAUUGCACUACUCGCGUUCAUAUACGAGAUGGACACACAGGGACCCUUUUUAAUUGCUGCACCUCUAAGCACUCUCGACAACUGGAUAAAUGAAUUUGCUAGAUUUGCACCCGAUGUCUCAGUGUGCAAAUACUACCAUCAGGGGGGCCACGUAGAGAGAGCAAAGUUGUUGCGGAAAUUCUUCAAGGAGACACACGGUACAGGGGUCGUUAUCACAUCGUAUGAGAUCAUUAUGAGAGACACCGAAUACAUAAUGUCCAAAGAAUGGAAAUUUCUGAUUGUCGACGAGGGUCACCGCUUGAAAAACGUCAACAGUAAAUUGAUCAAAGAACUGAAAAGGAUUAACACCUCAAACAGAUUGUUGCUAACCGGCACCCCUCUACAAAACAACCUCGCAGAGUUGUGGUCACUCCUAAACUUUAUUUUACCAGAUAUAUUCUCCGAUUUUGAAAUCUUCAACAAAUGGUUCGACUUCAAGGACUUGGACUUACAGAGUAACUCAAAGAGACUCAACAAAGUUAUCAAUGAUGAACUGGAAAAAAAUCUUAUUACCAAUUUACACACUAUCCUAAAGCCAUUCCUUCUGAGAAGAUUGAAGAAGAACGUCCUUGCCGGUAUAUUACCGCCGAAACGGGAGUACAUUGUAAACUGUCCAUUAACGCCCAUACAGAGGAAGUUUUAUAAGAAGACCCUUGGGGGCAAUUUGAGAGUCACCAUUUUCAAAGAGUUGAUGAAACAGUAUUUCACUUUAAACUCGGAUCAUUUGGGGAAGAUAUCAAACAAGUCCAUCAGGGAGUUUAUCGACUAUAAACUGGGCCAGCAACGCGACAAUAACCUACCAGAUAUGGACGCUACAGUUUCAGAGACCGUCUUGAAGAUGGACCAAAUCUAUCAGAAAAAUCUACACCAACAAAUCCUAAACAAGAAAACCCAGAGUAUGAUGAUACAGCUACGACAAAUUGUUGAUUCCACGUUCCUGUUCUACUUCCCAUACGUGGAACCCGAGGACCUUACACUUGACGCUUUACUGCAGACAUCCGGUAAACUACAGACUCUACAAAAGCUGGCAAUCCCUCUCAUCAAGAAGGGACACAAGGUGCUUAUCUUCUCGCAGUUUGUCAACAUGCUCGAUUUGAUAGAAGACUGGUGUGAACUCAAUUUGGUCGAAUCGCUCAGAAUAGAUGGUUCCGUAGACAACGAAACGAGAAAGAAGGACAUAGAGAACUUCAACUCGCCAAAGGGGAAACACUCGGUCUUCCUUCUGUCCACGAGAGCAGCAGGACUUGGCAUCAACCUGGUUGCUGCUGACACAGUCGUGCUAUUCGACAGCGACUGGAAUCCACAAGUGGAUUUACAGGCAAUGGACCGCUGCCACAGGAUAGGACAGGAUAAACCCGUGAUAGUGUAUAGAUUUUGUUGCGAUAACACAAUAGAACACGUCAUUCUAACAAGAGCUGCCAAUAAGAGGAGACUCGAACGUUUGGUAAUUCAAAUGGGGAAAUUCAAUACUUUGAAAAAGCUCGCACUGAACGAGGGUUCGUUCUUACAACAGAGCACCGGGUUGACAAAUAAAUCAACCAACAAAGAGCUUGUGACGGAACUCUCGCAACUCUUGAUGAGCGGCGAAUCUAGUAUUGGUUUCAACCGUAGCAAGACCGAGCAAGCAGAGAUCGAUGAACCUUUGACACGCGCAGAAAUCAAGGAAUUGACAGACCGGUCGCUUGCAGCCUACAAACCCGACCGAACUGUGGAAUUGCCGCACGUCAGAUUGUUCGAGACAACGUCCAGUUAUUGA